AUGGAUUGCUUUAAGGAAAUAGAGAAAGUUUUGUCGGCUAUAAUGAAACUAUCAGAGAUGAUUAUGUGUAUUAUGGCCGUACUGUUGGUAACGAUAACAUUAGGAAAUGGUGCUCCACAAUGGCGACCCCAAGGAAGAUUUGGGAAACGAGUGAAUCCAACAUUAUCACUUCUUUUACACGGAGAUCAAGAAAAACAAUUUUUAAAUCAUGAAAAACCAUUCAUCUCAGAGGACAAACCAUAUAUACCGGAAGUGACAGAUGAAAUCUCAGUAGAAAGAUUAACAUCAGAUGCUCGUGAUAAUUUAUCUAAAUUUUUACAUAGAUUAUGUUCAGAAUCAGGAUUAGAAAAUGUACCAAGAUGUUCGUGGUCACGAAAAACCAGCGAGAGAAGCAGUGACCCAAUAAGACUGAUAUAG